UUAACGGGGUGUUUUUGUUUAUGUAUCCUUUAUUAUGAUUGUUGUUAUUUUAUUUUAUUUAUUUAAGUAUUUAUUUGUUUAAUGUUCUUUUCUUUUCUUUUUUUAUUUCAGCGCUUCUCUUCUCCAGCAGUCAUGCGUGGCGUGCGGAGGUGACGUCAUCGCGCUGUGGAACGUUUUGUUUACUGUCUGGAUGUGGAGGAUGGGGCGCUAACGGCAGGGAUUUUUCAAACUGUAAAUGUCUUUUGGGAGAAGAAAUACUCCCGUUUUUAAGAGAAAUCUUCAACUUUGAUUUGCGUGUUAGUCAUUGUGACUGUGUGUGUAACGGCGGACUCAGUGGCGCGUGCGCACGAGCUAAGUGCUGACCUCUAUUGCUAAUGUUGACAUCGCUAGCCAAAAGCUAGGUGCGUUUCCGUACUUCCACGUUUAGGGGUUUAAUUGUGUUGUUUCGUGUAUUUGGGGUUGUAUGUGUUCGGUUUGUUGAUAGGACGAAUAACAACUCAGAGAAAUGUAAACACCGCGCUGCUUCUGUAGCCCGUCAAUCAGCGGUCAGCUGCUGCUCAGCGUUGACUUGUUGGAAGGAGUCUCGUUCAAUUUAACCACCUGACUGUCCGGUUAACUGUUGCUUGAUGGGGUGGAGCCGUUUAUUGGGAUUGCCAUGCUGGCUGGAUUAACUUUAGGUAUAGGUUCUCGGUCGAGAGAGACGGCGGUAGACAAUAUGGUGCUCAGGAGUUGCUGGAAGUCCCGUCAUAAAAACCUCCGGAGGACCGCGGCUCGGAGUGUCCACCCGGCGGGGCUGGCCGCGCUGCUGCUGCUGUGCUCUUGCGCGACCCAGCUCGUCUGCGACGCUGCUGCCGUGGGGGAAGCCAAGUACAUGGUGCAGAAAAACGCCGAUUUUGAUGUGACCUACAAUGACACGGUUACACACGACGACCAGACCAUCUACGCCUUCAACCACACCAUCUCCAGGAACAAGACGGUGGGGGUGCGAGUGACCGUGGAUGUGCUGCAGGAGAGCGUGGAGAGUCCCAUUCUGUUUGUGGUGCGGCAGAAGCAGGCUGUGAUGUCUUUUCAGGUCCCGCUCAACCUUAGAGGACUAUAUCAAAGGCAGUAUCCAUACAAACACGUGGGCCGAACACUGUGCCAACCUCCCACCCGAGCUGCUUCAGAAACCCAGUACUUCUUUGUCGACGUGUCCACCUUGUCCAGCCGGGGUACAAACUACCAGCUCAGAGUCAGCCGAGUUGAGAGUUUCACUUUGCAAACAGACAAGAAAUUCACCUUCAGUGCAUCACCAUCACAACCUCAGUACUUCAAGUAUGUCUUCCCAGACGGUGUGGAUACGGUCAUCGUCAAAGUUAAUUCCGACAUGAACUUCCCCUGCUCCGUCAUGUCCAUUCAAGAUAUUCAGUGUCCCGUCUAUGAUCUGGACAACAACGUGGCCUUCAUCGGGAUGUACCAGACUAUGACACAAAAAGGAGCCAUCACCGUGCAGAGAAAGGAUUUUCCCAGCAACUCCUUCUAUGUGGUGGUGGUGGUAAAAACGGAGGAUGAGGCGUGCGGCGGUCCGCUGCGGCUGUACCCGCUACGACCCGAUGAGCUGAUCAAUGCUGGAAACCGCAGCAAAGUGCUGGACGUGUUGGUGUCACGCACCAUCAACACUGAGACCUAUGUGAUCGGCAUGCUGUUCUGUCUGGGUAUCUUCCUCUCAUUCUACCUGCUCACCCUGCUGGUAGCCUGUGUGGAAAACAAGCGAAUGAACAGGAGGAGGGAUCUGCUGCAGAUUCCUGCGGAUGUGUCGCCUGCAGAGACAGCCUCUCUUCUUGGAAAGAACGGAGAUGGGAAGACUCCAGCCUCGCCGUAUGAGUACGGCUCCUUUGCCGACACCGGGAGCAUGCUGGGAUCAGAGCCGGUCACCGACAGCAUCACCUCCACCGACAACAACUAUGGAUACAUGGGACAUGAACCCUUCAAACGUCGGCCAAUCCUCAAUCACCUUCACCACAUAGCCGUCCGCAUCGAGAGAUCUCUGGACAGCAUCGCCCGGAGCAGACAGGAGUCUCUGAGCUCUGUGGAGGAGGAGGAGUACGACACUCUGGACGACAUCAACUCAGACAAGAACAUCGUUCGCACCAAGAAGUACCUGUGUGUGGCUGACCUGUCCCGCAAAGACAAGAGGGUCCUCAGCAAGAAAUAUCAAAUCUACUUCUGGAACAUUGCCACUAUUGCUGUGUUUUAUGCCCUGCCGGUCAUCCAGCUGGUCAUCACCUAUCAGACGGAUGUUAAUGUCACAGGAAAUCAGGACAUCUGCUACUAUAACUUCCUGUGUGCCCAUCCUCUGGGAGCUCUAAGCUCCUUCAACAACAUCCUCAGUAACCUUGGUUACGUGAUGCUGGGACUCCUCUUCCUCCUCAUUGUGCUGAAGAGAGAGAUUGUUCACAAGCGAGCUCUGGAUCGCAACGACAUCAACGCCCUGGAGUGUGGCAUCCCCAAACACUUCGGACUGUACUACGCUAUGGGGACGGCUCUGAUGAUGGAGGGCCUGCUGAGUGCCUGCUACCAUGUUUGCCCCAACUACACCAACUUCCAGUUUGACACGUCCUUCAUGUACAUGAUCGCUGGACUCUGCAUGUUGAAGCUGUAUCAGAAGAGACAUCCAGACAUCAACGCAAGUGCUUACACGGCCUACGCCUGUCUGGCUGCUGUCAUCUUCUUCUCUGUGCUCGGAGUGUUGUUUGGGAGAGGAAACACCGUCUUCUGGAUAGUUUUCUCCGUCAUCCACAUCCUGGCGACCCUCCUGCUCAGCACACAGCUCUACUACAUGGGCAGAUGGAGGCUGGACUCGGGCAUCCUGCGCAGGAUCGUGCACGUCAUGUACACGGAUUGCAUCAGACAGUGCAGCGGCCCCAUGUACAUUGACCGCAUGGUUCUGCUGGUGAUGGGGAACAUAGUCAACUGGUCUCUGGCCGCGUACGGCCUCAUCGAGAGACCGAACGACUUUGCUUCUUACCUGCUGGCCAUCGCCAUCUGCAACCUGCUGCUCUACUUCGCCUUCUACAUCAUCAUGAAGCUGCGGAGUGGAGAGCGGAUCCAGUGUCUGCCCUUGGUGUGCAUCCUCUUCACGGCGGUGGUGUGGGGCUUCGCGCUGUACUUCUUCUUUCAGGGUCUGAGCACCUGGCAGAAAACGCCGGCAGAGUCUCGUGAGCACAACCGGGAUUGUAUCCUGCUGUCGUUCUUUGACGACCACGACAUUUGGCACUUCCUCUCCUCCAUCGCCAUGUUUGGAUCCUUCCUGGUCCUUCUGACCAUGGACGAUGACCUCGACGGCGUCCAGAGGGACAAGAUCUACGUCUUCUGAUCGUCCUCUCUGCCUUAGACACUUUUGCCCUCCUCCUCGUCGUCUCUCGAUUGCACCUCCUCCAUGUUUGAAAGCACAGCCAGCGGCCUGAUGAGCGCAGAGCUCCGCCUCUCAUAGCCAGUCUGGGAAGGGGCUGACCCCCCCGACUAUGCUUUUCAUCACUAGUACGGACACGUUUGUGCCAUUCGUGAGCAGGUUGCUGUCCUCGACCAUACUGCUGUAAUCGAUGUUUACCUGCUGCUGGGGACGCCGAUGCCGUCCAGAUGAACUCAUUUUACACGUUUCGCUGAUGAGGAAGCAUUUCGUACUAACUGUGUGUGUGUGUAUGAGUGAGUGUGCGUUUACACACGAGUGUGAACAUGAAUCCUGUCCAGUUCGUCCAGUGGCCUUCAAUAUUUGAAUCAUUAGUCACAUAACUGUGCUGGUUUUUUCCUCCUCAUUGGAGAACAUUGAUGAUUGUACUUCUCGACUGCCCUCAUGUACGACGGAGAAAGUAUUUUUUCUUUUUUUUUGCACUUUUCUGUAUUGAAAUAAGCAUACUGUCAGAUGUUGCAAUGAGCGGUUACUGAAUAAAAGUCUGCUUUUCUGA